UUCAGGAAAAGGCGACAGCUUCGAGCGGUGUGUGUCGGAGGCAGAGCUCCUGCUGGACCAGUCCGUGCGUCUGGAGCAGGCGGGAGAGGUCGCCGCAGCGCUGUCGGCCGUCAACGAAGCCGUCUCCAAACUGCGGCCAGUGGCGGCUGAGGGCGGAGCUAGUAGUAACAGCCGGCUGCAGCGCUGCAUGAGGAGAGCCCGCAGCUUGCAGCAACGCAUGCAACUGCAGCAGCGGCCGCAGGACUCAGAGGCAGUCAGACAGCAUCCAGAGCAACAGCAGGAGGAAGAGCAGCAGCUCCAGGAACAGCCCAGUGAAAAGGCUCUCACGCUCCAAAUACUUCUGACGAACAGACAGGGCGACCAAUCAGCCGCCAGUCAGGACCAGCAGGCCCUGCCUCUCUCUCCAUGCUUUGUUAAGCCCCUCCCUCCCAAAACAAUCUCUGACCCCGCCUCCAGCACAGGGGCUCCGUCAGGUUCUCCCAGCGAGGACAGCAGGACCGAGGGCCCCUGCACUCGUGUUGGGAAACCCCUCUCCGAUGCUGGGUCCCUCCCUGCUGUGUGUGUGGACACCUGGGAGCAGAGUCCUCUGGAGGAUUUGGCUCCACCCCCUCCACCUGAGGAGGUGGAGUUCUCCGCCCAGUGGACCAAAACAUCGCCCGUCCCCAUCCCAGCUCAGGCCCUCCCCCCGCUUAGGCCGUACUCCCGGACUCCAUCACCCAUCGGCACCAACGACGGCUGUCGUCAGAUCAUGGAGAAGGAGCCAUGUUACGUCAGACAGGGACAGACCACACCCCCUUUAUCCAGCUCCACUUCCAGAGUAGCCCCGCCCCCUCCCACCAGAAACUGGUCCUGCUUACACCUUGACCCACCUGAUGAUGUCGUCGAUUCUUCUGAUCCACCAACUUAUGCGACCGCAGACUCACCUUCUAGUGCCCCCCCGCCCCCCGUGAACCAACCUGAUCAAGCCCCCUCCGCCCCCCCCGCCCAGAGCCACAGAGCGCUCCUGCCUGUGGAGCGCUGGGCAGAGAACGUCAACAGAUACUUCAGUUUCAAGAACGCAGCAGGAGAAGGAGAAGGAGGAGGAGGAGGAGGAGAGGAAGCAGCGUCGCCCUGUGAGGAGCUGUCAGAGCUGGACUCACUGUACCAGGCCAGUCUGCUGGCUCCCAGCAUGCACCGGGGCAGCCGUGGUGUCAGUCCUCAACCGACUGGCAACAAACCAGGUGUGAGAAGAAUGGUGUCAGGAUCUGGACGAUCCAAAACACCGACAGCAGAGAUAGAGAGAUACGCCUACAGAACACCGGUAACACCUCUGCAUAAGACGGCGUCGGGUGAAGACGAGAGCUACAGCGCAGACAACCUGCGACGCAUCGCCCGCAGCCUGAGCGGAACCGUCAUCGGGUCACGACCCCAAAACAUCGGUGCCUCUCGCAGCUGCGACCCCUCCGUGUCCAGACCCCCCCCCAGUCCCGCAGACCUUCACUCCUCCUCCUCCUCCUCCUCCUUCCUACUCCGUCGACCCAGCACCUCCUCCCUGCACCUCCCCUCCUCCUCCUUCACAGAUCCCUCCUUCCACCACCUCCAACCCCGACACCACGGCCCCUCAGCUCCUGCACCUCCUCCACAGCACCCCCCCUCGCAGACAUCACGGCCCCACAGCUCGGGCCCCUCCACCCGGGGACGCACAGGAGUUGCACCGAGCGUCCAGCAGCAGUUUCUGGUUGUGUCUGACAGGCAUCAAGCUCUCUCAGGUCAAAGCCUCCACAGCAUCGCGAUGAGUUACGGCACUCUGCCCCGGGCUCCUCGCCGAGCCCCGCCUCCCUUCUCCUCCCUCCCCAGGUCAGGAGACUGUAGCACUGCCCCCCCGCCUGCUCAGCAGAGUCUCUACGCCACCCUGUCCCACCCACGCCGCUCCGCCAACACCGGGACUAACGGUCACUACCGGCAACCGUCGCUGCCCAGUAAAGUCAACGGGUCCGCCCACUACCCCCCACACCACAACCCCCCACACCACAACCCCCCACACCACCUCAGGGUGCCAGGUGAAGCCCCCUCCCAGCCUCUGCGGCUGGACGUCCCCCCUGAGACUGACUGGCGCCGUGAAGCAGACUACAGGACUGUCCAGCCCAGCUCCUCUUGGGAUCUCCUCGCAGCUCGCCACCACCACCACCACCACCACCACCCGCCCAUCCAGCGGACACAGUCCCACCACGCCCCCCCUCACCGGCCCCGCAGGGACCCCCUGCUCUGCUCCCUCUGCCAGCAGCUUCCAGCUGAGCCGCCACGCCCCUACUGCGCCUCCUGCGGCGCUUACGUGGCUCGGUUCCGCCCGGCCAGCUGAUCAGAAGCUGACGGCAAAGGUCGCGCAUCGUCACGAGGGAAAUUAAAUCUUAACGCCGACGAUUCAGCCUGAGUUUAGUUUUUUUCAUAUUUUGCCAACAUUCAUUUUGACUGACGCUGCUCGUCGCUCUGUCUGUCCCGACUCGUCCCUCCUGGUGGUCUCUCCUGGUCGUCCCUCCUG